AUGCGUAGCUCACGAAGGGGGCCCUCACUGGGCGGAGGUCCGACGCCAGCUAAUCGCGCGGUUUGGGCCGUCCAGUGCCCGUCCGUUGGUGACCAACGCCGCGUCCUAAAGCCGCGGACGCAGUCGUGCCCCACAACAAGAGGGCUUUGGGGGCCCGUCGCCGUCGUCGUCCCGCUCACCCCUGUCCCCCAAAAAUCACUGGACCCACCACCGGUCGGACCCCCCAGCGGCAUGGGUCCCCCGCCCAGUAGGGGCCCCAAAGCCGCCGGCGCCCCUUUUCCAAAAGAAAAUGCGCGGGGGCCCGAUGCCACCACCUCUACCCCCAAACCCGUAUCCGCCCCGCUGGCCCCCGCCCGGGAGAUGAUGGAAAAACCCCCCCUGUCGAUGCGAUUCCCCCGCCACCCAUAUGAGGGCCCCCUGGCCACCCUCGCCAGUUCAGGUUCUCGAGGGGCCCCUGGCCACUCCCCCAGCUCACGGUCCAUCGACGGCCCCUGGCCACUCCCCAGCUCACGGUCCAUCGGGGGCCCCCGGGCCCCCCUCGCCAGCUCACGGUCAGGGGGCCCUGGCCACUCCCCCAGCUCAGGCCCACCGACGGACCCCUGGCCGUACAAAACCCCACGACGUCGCGCGCCGCAUCCCCGAUGGGCUCACCAUAUCCGCCCGAGCCGGGUACCCCCCGUCGCCCCAGGCCCUUCCGGCACCCCCAGUCAGAUGCCGAAGCCGACCGCGCCAGGGCAUCGCGGGCCCCCCAAAAAGGUCCCCGUCUCCACCCCUCAAAGGGCACCACGGCCCCGAUGGCACGCCGAUUAA